AUGAAAGAUUUCGUCGUCGAAUCGUUUGAUGAUUUGCAGUGUGCCAGCGUGCCCCUUGUCCUGUGCCUGCUGGAGGUGGGUCGUCUGGCGCAAGGAUGGUGGGGCCUCGAACCGCCGGGAAUCGUCAAGUUGGAGCGAGAGAUGGACGGAGAAGAGUGGUCUGGCAGGUCUGACAGUGGGUACUCCAACACCUCGUCGCCGCGUGGUUCGACUCUCACCCUGCACCCCGCGGCACCCAGCCCCCCCGCUGCCGAGUCCAAGCUGCCUAGAGGAUGGUCAGGUGCCAAAACAACCCCAACAACACCAGUUACGACCCCCACCCAUUCUGCUAAGCCUCGCCUGCCAUCUGCACGAACACCUAGGUCAUCAGGACGUUCUACUCCUAAUACCACUCCAACAACCCCGACACACUGUCGCCGGUAUAUGACCUCCUUACAGCGCACUCCUGCUACGCCUUCGAAGCCGUCUCGUCCAACAUCUCGCCCUUCCUCAAAGCCUCCUUCGCGGUCCCCCUCCAUUUGUAGUCGCCUCCAGGAGUGCUAUAACACCGUCCAGCCAGAUAGUGUAACAGAGGCUCUUAGGACAGACCUCGACAACAAGGUUUUUGACAUUGCUAACCAAACUCGAGGCUUUUGUGGUUGCAAAGACACUGAGUGUACGAAAUCUCAUGUCAAGAGAGUGUCUGAUGGCAAGUACGAAAUCUGCGGCAGGAACGUUUUUGUUAGGAAAAAUUCCUCGCUGCGCAGGAAGCACAUAAAGAAGGGUCAACGUAACAAACCCACAACAGAGAAGCCCCAAACUCCUAAUAUAGCUGAUAAGCAAAACUGCUCUGCAAAGAAGGUCCUAGUCAUCCAACAACCCUGGGGUUCUCCUCCUAAGAACAUACACUCCCCUAGGAUAUGUGAUAAAUGCUAUGCAACUGACGACAAAUCCAUUGUGAAACGUCCUCGUCACCACAACCCAGCAGCUAGCAAAAUCAUUUCACCAUUUGAGAUCAAAAGCAAGAAGAAGUUAGUGUUGAGACAUCAGCUUCCUCAUCCCAGUACAUGGGACUUCAAGUCCACCAGAAAGAAAUAUACAAGCAACAGCUCCGCACUGAGGCAUCAACUAAACACCUCGACUCUGAGAAAAGUCCACUUCCCUUCUGCCUCCGAUAAGCAUCGCCCUCCUGCAACUUCACCUGCGAUGGUCAACACUGCUCUUGAACCCUAUUUGCUAAAGGGGAAACAUGUGAUGGUUAGAGUUGGAGGUGGUUGGGACACACUUGAGCAUUACCUGCUUCGACAUGAUCCAAAACAGGUGACCGUGUUUAAUCUGAAGUCAGCCGACCCAUUCCUACACAUCCGUGCCAAGUAUUGUUCGCCUACACAUUCCAGAGCCUCUUCUAGCAGAGGCUCCCCUACACAUUCCCAGGCCACACCCAGCAGGGGGACAGCCUCAGGGGACCCCACACCAGGGAACACAUCAUCAGAGGGAACCCCACCACCCCCACAAGUGCCACCCUCGUUACCUGCCGAGUCUUCCAUGCCUGCUGAAGAGAGUUGCAGAUUCAAUGCAGAGGAUUCUGAUUGCAUGGCAGAGGGAUCGGUGCCAGCCACAGAAGAUUCUGCCACCACAGCAGAGCAAUCAAAGCCAACUGCAGAAUGUUCCUUGUCAGCAAUGCAAACUUCAUUAUCAAAAGUCAAUGGAGAAGAUCUAGAGGAACAUCAUGUCAAUGGGAUGAUGGAGUCCCAGAGUAGAGAACUCCAAGGUGGAGAUUUAUCAACAGAAUGGACAGAAUCAUGCUCCCCAACACCUGAGAGAUCAAUGGUGAACUCUUCCACCUUUUGUGUUGAAGAUAAAAAUGUUGCCGACCCUAUCCCAACAAUAUCUCUAGCAUCACAUUCAAAGUCAAUGUCAACAUCAUCCACAUCAUCUACUUCAUCCUCCUCAGACUCGUCCUGCUCUCUGAAAGUUACACCUCCACCGACUCCCUCCACAUUCUCAACACCUGCAUGUGCGACAUCAAAUGAGUUAUCUGUUACCCCGGAUGGCAGUAGUACGACGAUUGGGACACCUUUACCACCUGAUUUUAUAGAGCAAGAUGAACUGUAGUGAAAGUUGAAACUUCGAACUGACCAUAUGGUUCAAUGUUGAUUUUACAGUAGAUUGUUUACACAAUGAUAGAUCAAUUUUGAUGUAUAUCUUGAAUGAUUUACUGAUUUUUUGAGGCUUUUACCUCAGGUGUUGUCGGGAUGCUUUUUAUUUAAACAAAAAAGAUAAUGUAAAGCAAACUGUACAGAUCCAAUGGUCUUCAUAUACCAAAGAUUUAAACAAAACUGUAAAUUGCCUUGUUGUAGCAGAGUUACCAUUACAUAUUUCUGUGAAUAUUUCCAUGUUCAUAUAUAAAGGUUUCAUCUGGCUAUAUGUUUGUGCCAGAUAUGUGAUAAAUAAGUUUAUACAUACUUGGAAAAAAGUAUAUGGACUUAUAAACUUACAUUGAAAAAAUAAUACAAGGAAAGUAUAAGCAACAGGGUGCUAUGCUCUAUAUACUUGAAAACCUUGUUGGUUGUAAAAUAUUAAAAAUUCAGUAAUAUUAAAGUUAUGUUGUAUUUAAUGUUUAGUUUCUUCCAUUAUUACUGUUGUGCAAUAUCAUUAAUUUCUAAAGAAUAUAUUGUUUGAAAAAUACAUUUUCUUUCUCCAUUUCCUCUCAAGAUCACAUUAUCUAAUUUAUUUGGAAUGCAGGACCAUCAAAACCAUUGCUAAAGGUGUGUAUAUAUGUCUGUGUCUGCAUGUUUGUAUGUGUGAAUAAUUUUAUAGUUCUGUCCAUGUGAAUUAACAUAAAAAUAAAUAAAGUAAACUGCAUGUUUUAAAAUUACAGGGUAUCUUCAAGUAUUAUGUAAAUCAAGUAGAGUAAUAAUUCUCUAUUGUUUUCAAGUCAUUAAUGAUAAAAGUUCAUUUAGUUGCAAGAGUUAUUUGCAGCAGGUGUAAAACUUUAAACCUUUUUUUGCAAUGUAUACCCAAAAGUUACUCCUCAGUAAACAAAGCAAAAAAUAAAGAUUAUGAAUAAAUAUAUACAUACACAUAUACAUGUGUGUAUCAACAUUUGCAUGUAUAUAAAAUGAUUUGGUCAGAUAAGCAUAGAAAUUUUAUGGUUACAUGAGCGUGAAUGAGGAUACAAAUUUGGGUGGUUUAAGUAUUAAAAUUUCAACUGACAGUACUUUUUCCAAAGAAAUAGCUGUUUGUGUGGCUGGAUUGUGUACAUGUAUUUGAUGGUGAUUUUGUGUCUUCUUCCUUUCAUUCAUGCAUGUUGUUUGAUUACAUUCAUAUGAUUUUCAUUUUCACUGAGCUUUGCACUCCAAGUAAUGGACAAUACAUUUUUCAGUGUAUAUCAUCCUAGUAAAUUAUAUACCUAGAUUUAUAAGGUUGAAAAGAGAUUCAUGUCACAUAAAAUGUAAAAGUAGAUCAAUCCAUUUAUAAUACAACACUGCAGUUCAUUGUAAAAUAAAGUUUAGUGGUUUGGUAAUGCAUAUGGGUCACUUUGAGGCACUGUGAUAUAAAAUCCUGGUUUUAUUUAUAUGGUAUUGUAUAUGCCUCUGUUGUUUGGCUUUAUGAAUGAAGUGAAAUGUGUCAGCAUUAAUUAACACAAACCAUUCUUGGUAUGAUAUUGCUUAUUGCUCAUUUAGAGUUACGAGAGGAAUAUAGGAUAUGUUUACUCUGCUAUAUAUAUAUUUGUAUCAGGAUCAAAAAUCAUAUUCUAGAACAGAUUUUGCUAAGAGAUCCAUAUUCCAUGUAAAGGCAAACAAACAAACCAAUAAAGUAUUUUUUUCUAAAUACAAUGAGAUCUAGAAUUUGUCUGGGUUUCUCUUUAUUUUAGUGGAAAAGGAUGUGAUGGUCCACUGCAUUUUAAAGGCAUUGUUUGGGUAAUUUUCUAUGAAAUUCAAAGAGAGAGAGAGAGAGAAAGUUAACUUGUAGUUUUGAGAUAAUUAACUUUUUAGGAGGUUUUGGAGAAGACUGUCAAAAAGAGCAGGACUCUUAGGCGAGCUUUCUUGCUGUCCCUUUUAUGAUCACUAUACUCUUUAUGCAUGAUAACAAAUUAAAAUCAAUAUCUGUAAAGAUGAAAACUGGCACAUUAGGUGCUUCAGGUAUUUCCUCUUGGCGAACAAUGCAAGCCAAGAAGAUAUUGUAGAGUUGUAGAGACUCCUGAUUAUAAUGAGAGAUGUUUGUUUGAAGGUGAACUUAGUUGAUGCUGCAGGAGAGGUAGCAGCAAGUUACUGCUUAUUGCAAUAGUAGACCAAGCUUGCAGACUAAGUGUACAAGAGAUACAUUAAUGAUGUUUACUACCAUUGAAAAUCGGUCUUAUUUUGAGUGUCAGGUUUAUUUUGAAUUAUAUUUGAGGGUAUAUGUGUAUGAAUGAUAGAUUUAUUAUUCUCCUGUAAUGGCAAUGUAAAUCACUGUUUGUAUGAAGACAUUUCAGUGUCAAAAAUUUGUUUGUCAUUAUAUUUAUUGUCAGAUCUGAUUGCACUUAAAUCAGGAAGAUUAUUUUUAGCAUUAACACAAUUUCAUGUGUCCUUUCCAGAAUUUUGAACUGCAACUGAUGAAUAUUAUAUAUAAAUUUAUUAAAUUGAUUUUAGUCUACAAGAUGUAUACUAGAAAUUAAUUGAGCUUUAUUAUAUAUAACCAAGAUAACAAAUGAACAAUCAUACAAGUAAGAAUUGACUACUGAUAGAUUGUUCAAGACAAUUGUUAUUGUUAACACGAAAAAUUGAAUUUAUAGAACUAUUUUUACUUCAAAAUAUUACUAAUUCAAACAUGUUAAUGUACAGAAAUAAGUACUUCUUAAAGAAAUGUCUUCAUAUUUGAAUGAACUUUCCUAUAUUAUCAUUAAGAAAAUCAUAAUAUUUAACUAAUAAGGACUGUUUUUACUGUUUAACAUUUUGUUAUUUUUGAUUUCUUGUUCAACCAUAAGGGGUGUGGAUUAUGUAUUUGAUACAGGAUGAAAAAUUCUUCAUUGCUUGUGGAUUUUAUUUUCUGUUUUGAUCUGGUCACUUAGAACCAGCUCUAUGUCAAGAACGUACGUUUUUAAUGUAUCUCACUUCAGGCAGUAUAUUUGCAGUUUUGGUUGCUUCUUACUUUUAUAUUUAAAACAAGGCUUCGGAAUUGGGUCAUAUAGUUUAUGUUUGUAUAUGGUUCAUGUAAAUGCUUGUAAAUUUACCUUAUUUUAAGAUUUUCAGUAUUCUUCGUCAUGGAAUGCACUAGUUUUCAUGGUGUGACCACACACACACACAACAACACGCACACGCACACGCACACGCACACGCACACGCACGCACACACACAC